AUGUACAAAGUCCGCGAUACCGACCCCCGCGACGGCAACAACGAGACGUGGAAGUUAGCGAAGCGCAUCGACCCCGGUGUCGUCCGCACAUACUGGGACAAGGUCACGGCCAGAACCGGCAUGACGCAGCGCGCCUGGCUCUCCCGCGUGCGUUUCAAGUACCGUGUCGAGCUCGCCAAGUUAGAGAACCGAAAGGCCGGUGCCACCGCCACCACCAAGAAGCGCAAGCGCCGUAUUGUCGAGGAAGACGAGGAUAGUGACUACAAGCCGCCGGGUGCUUGA